ACUUCGCUGACAUAGCAGCCUUCACUGCACACAUCUCUCCUUGGCGCUACAAAAACUUAAAACGGGGCGCCUGCCCACCCCGCCCCGCUGCACCCCACCCCUCCUCUUCAAACCGGGGAUCUUCGUCCAGCCCUCAGCAGCUCAUCGGCUAUUUAAUGAACACCAGGAGCCUGAGUAGCCGCCGCUGAAAUGGAUGUCUGGAGGGUCUGUUUUUCCGUCUUCGUCUUGGCCAUAGCGCAGUUCCCCGUCCACCUCGCCAUGCACCACCUCAUCAGGAUGAACAACCUCUGCAGGUUCUGCGACUUGAAGCCCUCAAACUGUGACGGCAAGAGCGACUGCCUGACCAACUGCAACAUCUCAUCCAUCUGUGCGCUCGAGGAGGAGGUCUGCGUCAGCAUCUGGAGAAAGAAGGAGGACAAUAAUACAGUGGAAACACUUUGCCACGACCCGUCCAAGAAGCUGUACGGUCUGUUCCUGACCGACUACAACAACACCAAAUGUGUGAUGAAGGAGACGGUCUCCCAAGGCAGCAGCAUCCACAUCUGCUCCUGCUCCAAAGAAGAGGAGUGCAAUGACAUUCUCAUCUUUCACACCCAUCAAAAACCCCCUGUGGAAGUCCAGGUGGACUGGGUCAUCCUCAUCAGCCUGCUGCCUCUGCUUGUCCUAGCGGUGCUGGUCAUCACCAUCUUCUACAUGUACAGGGUGUAUCGCCGACGGCAGCUCCAAAGCAAGAAGCUGAGACCUAAAGAUCAGCUGGACCACAGCGACACCGGCCCCAUCAUGCCCGACGACCGCUCCGACAGCAGCUCCACCCACGCCAACAACCUGAACCACAACAUGGAGCCACUGCCCAUCGAGCUGGACGUCCAGGUGGGCAAAGGCCGGUUCGCCGAGGUCUACAAGGCCAAGCUCAAGCAGAGUCCGUCAGAGCAGUUCGAGACGGUGGCAGUCAAGAUCUUCCCAGAAGAGGAGUACGCAUCCUGGAAGAACGAGAAGGACAUCUUCUCCGACAUGAACCUGAAGCACGAGAACAUCCUGCACUUCCUGACAGCCGAGACCCGCAAGGCGCAGAAACAGUACUGGCUCAUCACGGCCUACCACCCCCGGGGUAACCUGCAGGAGUACCUCACACGUCACAUCAUCACCUGGCAGGACCUGUGGCUUCUGGGGGAGUCCCUGGCCCGGGCUGUGGCCCACCUGCACAGCGACCACACCCCCUGCGGGCGCCCCAAGGUCCCUAUCGUCCACCGGGACCUAAAGAGCUCCAACAUCCUGGUCAAGAAGAACCUCACCUGCUGCCUCUGUGACUUUGGCCUUGCUCUACGUUUGGACAAUUCGCUGUCUGUGGACGACCUUGCCAACAGCGGACAGGUGGGCACUGCCAGAUACAUGGCUCCAGAGGUCCUCGAGUCCAGAAUAAACCUGGAGAACACGGAGUCCUUCAAGCAGACCGACGUCUACUCCAUGGCCCUGGUGCUGUGGGAAAUCACCUCCAGAUGUAACGCUAUUGGCGAGGUGAAGGACUACGAGCCACCGUUCGGCUCCAAAGUCCGGGAGCAUCCCUGUGUGGAGAGCAUGAAGGACAACGUCCUGCGGGACCGUGAGCGCCCGGAAAUCCCCAACAGCUGGGUCAACCAUCAGGGCAUCCAGAUGGUUUGCUCCACCAUCACAGAAUGCUGGGACCACGACCCUGAGGCCCGGCUGACGGCACAGUGCGUCGCCGAGAGAUUCGGCGAAACCGAGCACCUAGACAAGCUGUCGACGCGCUCCUGCUCCGAGGAGAAGAUUCCGGAGGACUGCUCCGUGAGCGACGGGAAGUAGACCCCCCGGUGGGGGCCGUGUGCAUGACGCAGCCACAAAAACGAGUCCUGCUCGGACGCCCCUCCCAGAGCGCCCAUCUGUUCCCCAGGGGGGGACAAUGGUGACAUUUGUUCUCAUCAUGCUGAGGGGAUUCUGAGGAACAAAAUGCCAAAAAAAAACUGGAAGAUACAUAUAUCAUGUAUAUUUUUGGGGCUCCGUUACCCAAGUGACAUCCAUUCCCUCAGGGGAAACGCCAUAGCUGCAAUGGAAACAUAAGCUUUCAUAACUAAUGACGUUUGCACUUUGUCUGAAAACUUUACUUGCCAGCCAAUGUGUUCUCUUCGUGAUUAUAUUCGCGUAUCGCAAGACGGAGGCUUGGCUUGAAGCCAGACCUCAGCCUGCUUCAGGAAUUAUGAGAUAAGAGUGAUGUACACAGCUUUUGUAACACUAAUGUUCGUAUGGCCACUUUCUAUAUGCUAUAUUUUUGUAACCAGUAAAUGGGGAACUUUUAUGGUUGCUUGAUCCAACCCGAGCCUGGCCAGAGUUUUGUUAUACAGAGCAGAAAGUGGGUCGCAAAGAGAUAGGAGCCGAAUAAACACAGAUCACCCUAUGCAUGUGGCGGCCGGUGAGCGCCAGACGGAAUAAAGGACAUUUUACGUUUCUACAAUCAGAAUGCUAUGCAAUCGAAGCCGCUUGCAACAGGGAAUUUUUAAACCAAAGGACAGAAACUAUGGGAAAUGUGUGUUUUGUAAAUUCCCAUGACUAUAUGUGGCAUUUAUAGUGAAAGGAGCUGAUCUAGCCUCUCCAAAGAUUAUUACCGUUUUGUAUGCAAAAUAUUGUUUAACGUGUUGAUUAAAGCAUUUCAGUAUUUACUUAA